CAUUCCGAAGAGAGGAACUGUCUGUGAGCCAGUGUGCCAUAAAAACAGAACGGUUGCUUGUAUGCGUUUUGAAAGCCAGAAGUCAAGUCUUCUGGAGGCUCUGCAAUCCCUUCCUGCUCUGCAGGAGUCCUGCAGUCCUCUUCUCAGAUACUGUAAAGUCGAUAUGAGCCUGCCUGGAAAACCAUUGCCAGGGAACUCGACAGUGGCUCACUGUUCAGCUGAAGGGAUUUAUCAAGUGGCUGCUGCGGCUCUGACGUGAAGCAGUAUGUGUACGGAGGCUGGGCCUGGGCCUGGUGGUGCAUCACGGACACCCAGAGGAUUUCCCUAGAGAUAAUGACGUUACAGCCCAGGUGUGAGGACGUAGAGACGGCGGAGGGGGUAGCUUUAACUGUCACGGGUGUGGCACAGGUGAAGAUAAUGACCGAGAAGGAGCUCCUGGCUGUGGCCUGUGAGCAGUUCUUGGGGAAGAACGUGCAGGAUGUGAAGAACGUGGUCCUUCAGACACUGGAGGGGCAUCUGCGCUCCAUCCUAGGAACCCUGACGGUGGAGCAGAUCUACCAGGAUAGGGACCAGUUUGCCAAGCUGGUGCGGGAGGUGGCAGCUCCAGAUGUGGGUCGCAUGGGUAUCGAGAUCCUGAGCUUUACCAUCAAGGAUGUCUAUGAUAAAGUGGAUUACCUGAGCUCCCUGGGAAAGACUCAGACUGCAGCUGUCCGAAGGGAUGCAGACAUCGGCGUAGCGGAAGCCGAGCGAGAUGCUGGCAUUCGGGAGGCAGAGUGCAAGAAGGAAAUGUUGGAUGUCAAGUUCAUGGCAGAUACUAAAAUAGCAGAUUCCAAGCGUGCUUUUGAAUUGCAGAAGGCUGCCUUUGCUGAAGAGGUCAACAUUAAGACGGCUGAGGCCCAGCUGGCCUACGAGCUCCAGAGUGCCCGGGAGCAGCAGAAGAUCCGCCAGGAGGAGAUAGAAAUCGAGGUGGUGCAACGCAAGAAGCAGAUCGAUGUCGAAGAGAAGGAGAUCAUCCGGAAGGAGAAGGAGCUGAUAGCCACUGUGAAGCGGCCGGCUGAGGCCGAAGCCUACCGCAUCCAGCAGAUCGCCGAGGGGGAGAAGGUAAGGCAAGUCCUCCUGGCUCAGGCGGAGGCGGAGAAGAUCCGCAAGAUCGGAGAAGCAGAGGCCUUUGUGAUUGAGGCCAUCGGGAUGGCAGAGGCCGAGGGGAUGAAGCUGAAGGCCGAAGCGCUCCAGAGCUACGGGGAAGCCGCCCAGCUGGCUCUGGUGCUGGAUGCGCUGCCUGAGAUUGCUGCCAAAGUGGCUGCUCCGCUCUCCAGAGUGGAUGAGAUCGUUGUUCUCAGCGGGGAGAGCAGCAACCUGACGUCCGAGGUGAACCGUCUGCUGGCUGAGAUCCCCGCCUCUGUGCGUGCCAUCACCGGCGUGGACCUCACAAAGAUUCCCCUGAUCCAGAAAGCCACUGGGGCCCAGGCAUGAGACCCAAAGCACGUGAAGAUCACUCCCUGUUAUGCACUCCGACAUCAACUGCCUUCAACACUUGGGAAUUCCUUUUAUAUCAAAGACAAUUGGAGUUUCGUUUUUAAGCUCUGGUGCCUUAUUUUGUAGGGCCAGAAAGAUGCAUGUUCAAUCAGCCGAUCUUUUUGUUACCGAGGGUGGGAGGAGAUUUAUUUUCUAACUAGCUGUACAUUGUAUGCAGCCGGUGUUUGGCUCUGGUCCGCAGUUAGGACUGGCAGCUUGUCUGGCGUUGCUGUUCUCUGUCCUCAGGAGCUCGCAGCAGGGGCUCGGCGAGAUGUGUGCAGGCACCAGGACCUGCUCUGGGCUCCCUGCCCUCCCACUGCGGGGCACUGCCCAGACCCCCGCUGCUGCCCACAAGCUGGGUUUGUGGUCGGCUUUCCACGUCUGUUUGUCUUGCCUGCAGCCUGGGCACGGCUUCCCGGAGGCCGCGGUCCCACCCUGGUAGGGUGACGCCGGGGCACUGCCAGGACUCGGUGCCCGCUCCCAUCCUGCCUUCCCUCAGGGAAUUUCCUGCUGGCGUCUUGCUCAGCCCUGAGCCGGGUCCCUUGGUGCCGUGCUGCUCCCCCACCCUUAGGUUCCCUGACCUCAAAGACCGCUGCAGGGCGGCCGUGCUGCAGAAAUCCCAAGAAGUAGCGUUGUGCCAAAGCUGUUCCAUUGUGCCAGAGGGAGGCAAACCACCCAGGCUGCUGUCCCCGAGUGCCACCGUGCCUCUCACCUCUGCCACCGGAGCAAGGGUCUGCAUGGCACGGGAGGGCACAGGGCGCUGCAGUGGGGCCACGUUCCUCCUGGAGCUGACCUGAGCCUGAGCAGCCGCGCUCCUGCAAACCCCCCACCCACCUGGCAGCCCGCGGCUUUGCUGUCCCCUCUGUGUCCCCUACAGUGCCACCAGGAGCAGGCACAGACCCUCACCCGCCCCGUGUUUGUCCUGCCGCCUGUAUUUGCUGUGGCUGUGCCUAAAGAUGUGUGCACCGAGUCCCAGCUGCUGGGGGUGGGGGGUGCCCCACACGUGUGCGUCCGUGUCACCCCGUUUGCAGCAGGGUGCCUGCUGGGUGCGGAGACCCAGGCCCGCUCUGCCCUGGCAGUGCCACGUUGUCCCCUCCCUGUUGCUGUACGGGGGGGGCCAGGCCUUAUCAGCCCCCAGCUUGUGGCUGCUGGUCCCGAUCUGGCGCUGGCCGAGGGGCGUGCCGGGCAAGGCACCCUAUCUACGUGCGUGUGCAUGCCUGCGCUGUGUCACUGCUGUGCGAUAAUAAAGCCUGUCACCUCGUG